AUGUACAUUGGCGCGCUGAAUGUGGAAAACUUGCAUUUCUAUCAUCCUCAGGCAGCCGAGUCCCGUAAGAUGGUGUCGAAUGGGCAAAUAAAGACUUUGACAGAGAUGCGGUCACUCCAAACCCAAAGGCCCGAUGCCGUUGCAAUCCCUCCUAGCACUCCUGAGAGUGUGGCAAAUCCUAGGUAUACAGCCCCGCCGCAGUCUCUCGCACCUGUGGCGACAUUUUCGCCCGGAUCAAUGUCGAGUACACCGGCAUACUAUACGGAUACCGGCGACGUUGAACCGUCUACAGCUUCUAGUUUCCCCUCUUUGAGUUGGCACAUCUACCUGAAUAAUUGUCUCCAAGCCGCACAAAGCAUUACGAAAAAGCAUGACUUCAUCUGUAAGCAGCUUGAGCCUCGCAGCAGUGAGUUGGAAAUCGUUAUUACGGAGCUCAAAGUACAAAGAACCAUCUGCCAGUCGCAGAGUGAAGCUCUAAGGAGAUUGUACACCCCCAGAACCGCACUGGUAGACAUCAGUCAGGUUGAGAAACUGGUCAAGGAGGCGUUCAACGCGCUGCAGAUCGUGAAGAAGAAGUAUGGAGGGCUUUCUCAGCUGCUCCUUAGAGUGCUUGGGAGCAUAACAGGAAGUAAGAAAUUCAAACAAUCGCCUAAGAAAAAUCGGAAAUCCUACCGUUCACCAAAAGCUGCCAACGGCAUCGAGAUGAAAGAGCAAUACGUGGUUAGUCUCUACAAAAAGAUAGCAAGCGCCACCCCAUACCUACGCUAUUUCCGAGGCAUUUGCUCCUCGCUCUCGAACGUGCAACUAUCUCAGCAGAGAAAAACACUCAGCGCGGCCGAGGAGCAGGCGUUCCAUAGGUUCUCCAUAUGCCGGAAAGUUUCAGCCCAUCUUCACGAGCAGCUCCGUCGAGCUUGUCCCCACCACCCUGAGCACCGGGUCUAUUUCAAUUUACAGGUCAGUGAAACUCUGGACCAAUCAAUACCGGAAUUAAGCUUUUAUCUUGCGUUCGAAACCACGAAACUCACCAGGAACGACCCUGGUUUGGUAUGGUUCAAGGCGCAAUCGACUCUGUUCGCCUCCGAGGCUGAAAAGACGCCAAGCGUGCUCCGGAGCAGCAGAUCGAAAUCGAAAUCGAUUUCAUACCGCGGGGUCGUAAAGAAUGUUGGCCGGAGUAUGGCAAAGAGAGGAUUUCCAAUUUCAGGGAGUGUUCCUGUGGAGAAUACCCGAGGUUCCUCAUGCUUGGGCGGAGAGCAAGCAUGUGCAAUUAGAGUCAUUGGCUCAACCUGCCUCGCGAACCUUCGUCAACAAACAGGACAUUGGGCUGCUGACCUUCCCGAUCUUAUGGAUAAAGGCACAUUUACGGCCGGCCGGAAUCGGCUGUAUUACCCAGAAAUACUGUAUGACGCCCACAGUCACCCAGUUUCACUGUCACAGUGGAUUACCGAAAAGCGUUAUGUUGAUGUCUCCUCUGGAUCGGUUGUUCCAACAAUCAUCUUAAACUUGAUGCGAAUCAAGGUAGCACGCUUACUAUGCGAGGCAGUUCUGCGGCUCACCCCAACGUUCUGGUCCCAGACCACACUCAACAGUGAGCAACUGUUGAUUGUGGAUCGGAUAUCAGGCGGCUUUCUUGAGCGCGUUCUCGAGCCACACCUCAGCGUGCGGUUAGACAAGUGGUCUCAGUCGAAGUACAGUCUACCUGCGCAACAAGUCUCACCAAGAGGUAGCGAGACACUGCUCCGAAUUGGAAUUAUUCUCCUAGAGAUAGCUCAUUUAAGGCUGGUUCAAGGGUUGAGAGAAAACGAAGCGGACGAAAUCGACAGGACUGAUCCAAGCUUCAACCUGGUUACGAAGCUUUGCGGUAUAAGUCUCCAGAAACAGUUCGGUCGCUUAGACUAUGCGAAAGCGGUAGAUUAUUGCCUUAAUCCGCCGAGUUUGGGGCUUGAUAUUUCUGACGUCGACUUUCACAAAGAAUUCUACCAGGUCGUUAUUGUUAGGCUUGAGAAGAUUGAGAGAAACCUUGAGCUUGCUCUCGAGAGGCAAAGGAGAGUUACGGACUGUCAAUACGUAUAA